AUGGGCCUAUGUUGUAAUCUGGGGGUCACUCAUUUCGGGAAUAUCUGUUACCUCCCUCUGACGUCGGAGCCAUGUGGCAUCGACGUUGUGGCUCACCGGGCACUCCAUGAUGUUCGACCAGAAUUCUUCCAGUUCCGCCUUGCCAGGAACCUCCUUCACUACUAUGGGUUUUGCUCCCAGUUCCCGCAAAAAAAGCUCUUGGAGCAAGGGGUACCUGUUGUUGCAGAUACAGAAUAUGGACAGGUAAAAUUGAAUAUGCAAUUGGCAGAAUCCAGUGUUCAGUUCCAUCUGCCAGAGGGAAAAAACUCCAUCCACAUAUCCUGUCCUGUUCGAGUUCUGCAUGGGAUGCUUUCUUCCUCUUUGUUUUCAUCAGCCUGGUGCUGGGAGGUCCUGAACAAAUCAUAUUCAUCCCCAGAGUGGCUCCAUUGCAAGACAUUCAGGAAGCACAACAUUGUCAAUCCCAAGCAUUUCAGCGGGAAUCAUUCAUCGUCAUCCUUGGGUGCUUCUCAUGCCUCAGGCUAUGUUGCAUUCGAACAAUUGAAUGAAUCUGAGUGA